ACCGUUGGCCGCCGAGACUCGGUUUGACUCGGUGUUCUGAUUGGGAAAUCCGCUGGGCGGCCACAUUUUCACGUUUUCUUUUUUCGUAGCGAGAAUUGUGUUUUGCGAGAAGAUUUUCUAUCGACGCAGGUGGAGAGUGAGUAUGGCUCUCUAUAGCAGAAAAUGAAACUGACGACGGCAGCUGAACGGAUGCUUGUUUAGCGAAAAUUUUGCCAUCCUCCACUUAAGAGAAACUCUGAAGUAGCAAAAGUUUGGUCCAGUUUCAAGAGGAGCAGUUUUCCGAAUCGUUAUUGGAGAAACAAAAACAGUAGAAUCAGUGCAAAAGGAGCUUUAUUCAUUGAGAAUACUUUUCCGUGAAUAUUGAGGUGCGAGAUAAGUUCCUCUUCCAGGAGUGUUUGGGUAUAAAAUCUCUCGGAAAAAUACUGCACCAUACUGAGCCCCUCCAUGUCGGUGUUGUCGUUACCGCCCCUCAGACCUAGAAAAAGUGACUAAAGUGGAAAAGUACUAUGAGCCUCGUGUUGAUUUCCUGGAGCCAGAUAGAAGUAGAACGCAUUUUCACUAGAAGUGAUUGAGGAAUUUAAUGAGGUAACAGCUUUUGAACAGCGCCUGACGAGUCAAGGUCAGCCCUUUUACAUCAUCGGGGGAAAACUUAUUCGCGGAAGACGUGAGCCAAUUUCUAGCGAGUGGCUUCCAGCGAAAACAAACUAUCGUUGGCUGCUCAUUCACCGUGGGAAAUCAGUGCUUCAACGUCAAUGAGCCCAUCCACCCACUCGGAAAAGAAGUGAAACAUUUGGCACAGGUGGGUGGUAAACAGUUCGAACCAGGAAGAAACCGUACAACUCGAGGCGUGGGUUGGGACGCUGGUGCCGGAGGGGGCGGUGGUGUGGUGUGUUUUUGCUUUUCUGUGGAAACCGAUUCCGCGAGUCAAUUGCGGUAACUCACAAGGCAAAACUCGAAAGCUGUGAUUCAAUUUAAUGCCGUUUGGUUGAUUUUUUUUCUUGCUGUUGGCUAUGACUUGGUUCAGAUUUGUGAACGAGAAAAUAAUAUAAACGUCUCGACGCUGUGAAGUGUAAAUGAUGGUGGAAAUUUUGAAUUGUGCAGAGGAAGUGUUCAAGGGAAGUGACACGGCGUUUGAUUGAAUACAAAAAUAUUAAAAUGUGGAAUGGUUUGAUGACAAAAAUGAAGAUUGAUGAAGCAAAACGGUUGUUAUGAAUUCAAUCAUGUCAGAGGUGUCUCGGAGGAUUUGAAAAGCAAUCGAUUUCCGCUCUCGGGCUACCGGGCUAUUGCUUUUGCUCAACCACCAGACAGUCCGUGUUGGUCGAUGUCAUUUCCUGAAAUCCACAUCAAUCCCGGCGGGCGCAAUCCAUCUUGUCACAGCUAUCGAUAAUUUGGCCUUUUCAAACGGCCCUUGUGAGUUGCAGUCGGGUGUGCAGUAAUUAAAGUCGACAGCCACCGGUGCCGCGCGCCGAAAGGACCCCCUGGCCCGGCCGAGCCGAGAGUAACACCAGUAGGACCAGCAGCGACGGCAGCAUUCUCAAUGCAGUAGAAAUUUUCGAAACAAAACGAUUUCGGUUUUCUGACUUCCUUUCGAGAAGGUGCAGGCGAAAGAAGAACGACGCGAAGCAAACUUCGUCGCAGGAUUAAACGUUUUUCGGGGUGGAAUCGAACGGACGGGAAAAAGUUUGUACAAUACAGGAGCCACGAGUUUGCCGUGAAAGAGAGGCACGGCGAGAGCGAGAGUUUUUAAUUUCGAAUUGAGCGCGUUGGGAGGGAAAAAAACUGUAGAACUAUAUCAGCAUAAAUGAAAAUUAAGUGCAGUUUGCGGCAGUCAGUGGUGAAGAAAUCAGAAUAAAAUAAUGAAGUGAAGCUCGGUGGUGAGGUGGUCGAACAGCGAGCAUAGUGUGUAGAGAAUUCGAUGGAAAAGCCGUAGAACAAACACGGACAAAUAAAAACACGACACCACUACCAGCGAACGUGUGGAGACUUUUGCGCUGCUGUACGCACAGUAUCCUGUUGGGUUCGGGUGCGUUCGGGUUGGACCCAUACGAGCUGGGAGAGAGUUCGACUGUCUUCGGCAGAGCGGAGAGGACGGUGCGAAUGGCGAAGCUCAUAUAUACAAGUGAGCUCGGGCAGCGAACAGUUUAGUACAACUUUAGACGCUCAUGACGAAAGAUGCUCUUGCGUUCGUCGGUACAACAUUCGCGUUUUUACUGUGACAACGAGCAGCCAGGACGAACGAAAACAGUUUCAUUUCGGUUUACAUGAAGGACUACUGAAGCUAGUUGGCAAGUGAUGUGAGAAUCGUACAAACUUUUGUGGAUAAUUUGAUCGUUGUACAGAAGAUUUAACAAGUGUCUAAAUUGGUUAACGCAGAUAGCGGGAAAACAUGAAACAUUGGCGAAGAUGAGAACUUGUAUGAUAUAAAAACACAUUCGACGAAUGGUCUUGUUGCGCUAGUUCUUUAAUGUUUAAUUUGUUCUCUUCAGUUUGUGUUUUGGCGCAAAAGAGAAGGAGGAAAAAGUUUCUCGCUAGGCGUCUGAAAAAUGAAGUGUAUUUAUCUUAAAUGAUUGAAGCAGCCGAUAGAAGCAAAAAAGUGGUUCAAUUUCCGACCAGAGGAAAGAAGUGACGGAGCGUGAAGAAUACGGAGGAGGCAAAAUGAGUCUUAUUACGCGAAAAAGUGAACUAGUGGCGUUGCCGGCCUUGUUGCUGGUCCUGCUGCUGUCGGUCCAGGUCAACUACAGCCUGCAGUACGACUCGGCCGAAGCACGAUACUACCCGACUAGUCCGGUGGAAUCGAAUUUGCGGUACGAUGCUCCGGACGACUGCAAGUACCGCGUUACGCCCGACGAUGAAGUGGAUCUGGUGUGCAAUCUAAGAACUGUGAACAGUGAAUUCGAUAAUACAAACUUUAGUGUGAUACCAUCGGAGCAUACGGCUUCGCUAACGGUGAUUUGUAACGACGCUAUUAUGGCACGGAGCAAACUGCAGCCCAAAUCGUUUGCCCAUCUGAUUAGGCUCAAGAGCCUGUCGAUGGAGCACUGCAAGAUUGCCAAGUUCGGUAACGAUGUUUUGGCAGGGUUGAGCGAUUUGAGGAAUUUCACCCUUCGGACCCACAACAUCAACUGGCCGGAGCUGAAUCUGGAGAUCGAACCGGAGGUGUUUGUGCAUUCGAAAAAUUUGGAGCAGCUGGAUUUCAGCAUGAACAAUAUUUGGUCGCUUCCGGAUCAUUUGUUCUGUUCGCUGAACGGAUUGAGAUCUUUGAACAUCAGUUCGAAUCGACUGCAAGAUGUGAACGAUUUGGGCUUCCGGGAGAAGGUGAAAGAAGAAAUUGCUGGACAAAACGCUAGUACAGUCAGUUGCAAUUUGGAUUUGGAGGACUUGGAUGUUUCGAAAAAUCAUUUCGUGUUGCUGCCUGCAAGUGGAUUUGGAAUGUUGAAACGAUUGAAGCUGCUAAAAAUCCACGAUAACGAAAUUUCGAUGGUUGGCGAUAAAGCUCUAAAUGGGCUGAAAGAGUUGCAGAUACUGGAUUUGAGUUCAAACAAAAUCGUUGCGUUGCCAACGGAUCUGUUUAAAGAUCCCGCUCAAUCUGUCCAGGAAAUCUAUCUGCAGAAUAACUCCAUCAGUGUUUUGGCACCACAUAUUUUCUCCAAGCUGGAACACCUUCAAGCACUGGAUUUGUCCAUGAAUCAACUAACCUCCGCUUGGGUCAAUCGAGAAACAUUCUCCGGACUUAUUCGACUUGUGCUACUGAAUCUCGCAAACAACAAAAUAACCAAACUGGAAUCGGAGAUUUUCUCCGAUUUAUACACCCUCCAAAUCCUGAAUCUGCGUCAUAAUCAGCUAGAAAAUAUCGCCGCUGACACUUUCUCCCCUAUGAACAAUCUGCACACACUGUUGCUAUCCCACAACAAAAUCAAGUACCUUGAUGCAUAUUCGUUGAACGGAUUAUACGCAUUGUCGCUACUUUCCCUCGACAACAACGUCCUGACGGGAGUCCACCCGGAAGCUUUCCGCAACUGCAGCUCUCUCCAGGACCUCAACCUAAAUGGAAACGAACUGACCCAAGUCCCACUCGCAUUGAAAGACAUGCGACUGCUCAGAACCGUUGAUCUGGGCGAAAACUCCAUCACCGUCAUUGAAGAGCCCGGAUUCCGUGGAAUGAACAACCUCUACGGUCUCCGCCUUAUCAGCAACAACAUCGAAAACAUUACCCGGAAAGCAUUCAAGGACCUGCCCAGCCUGCAAAUUUUGAACCUCGCCCGCAACAAAAUCCAAAACAUUGAAUCGGGUGCUUUCGAGUCAGCUUUUAGCGUGCAGGCGAUUCGUUUGGAUGGAAAUUUGCUCACCGACAUUGACGGCCUGUUCACCAAAAUGCCCAACCUGGUGUGGCUAAAUAUAUCCGACAAUCGGCUCGAGCACUUUGAUUACUCGCAAAUUCCCAUCCACCUGCAGUGGCUCGAUUUGCAUAAAAACGAGCUGGCCGAGCUGGGCAACCGCUUCGGGAUGGACAAUCAGCUGUACCUGCAGACCCUCGAUGCUAGUUUCAAUCGGAUUACGAAAGUAACCCCCACGUCCAUUCCGAACAGUAUCGAGUUUUUGUUCCUGAACGAUAAUCAGAUUAUGCACGUGGAGCCGCACUGCUUCAUCCACAAAACGAACCUGACGCGGGUGGACCUCUACGCGAACCAGCUGACCGGGUUGGAUAUCAAGGCGCUGAGGUUGCAACCGGUGCCGGGUGAUAAGCAGCUUCCGGAGUUCUACAUCGGUGGGAAUCCGUUCGUGUGCGACUGCAACAUCGACUGGCUGCAGAAGAUUAACCACGUGACUUCGCGCCAAUAUCCGACGAUUAACGACAUAGAAACGGUGUACUGCAAGCUGAUGUACAAUCGGGAGCGGGCGUUCAUUCCGCUGAUUGAGGCCGAACCGAAGCAUUUCUUGUGCAACUAUCAGACGCACUGCUUCGCCUUGUGCCACUGCUGCGAGUUUGACGCGUGCGACUGCGAGAUGACAUGCCCGAACAAGUGCCAGUGCUAUCACGACAACAGUUGGUCGACCAACGUGGUGGACUGCUCGGCCGCGGGCUAUACCGACAUUCCGAACAAUAUUCCGAUGGACACGACCGAGGUGUAUUUGGAUGGGAACAAUUUGGUGGAACUGUCCGGGCAUAGUUUUAUCGGGAGGAAGAAUUUGAAAGUGCUGUACGCGAAUCAUUCCAAUAUCGAGAUAAUUUACAACACGACGUUCAUCGGACUGAAGAGGAUGAUGAUUCUGCAUUUGGAACAUAAUAACAUUCAGAAGUUGUACGGAAAUGAGUUUAGUGCGUUGGAGGGAUUGCGGGAGUUGUAUCUGCAGGGGAAUAAGAUCUCCUACAUUGAAGAUCACACGUUUUCGGAACUGAGAAAAUUGGAAGUGUUGCGUUUGGAUGGGAACCGUAUCUCGAGCUUUGAAGUGUGGCAACUGGCAUCGAAUCCUUAUUUAGUGGAAAUUUCGCUGGCGAAUAAUAUGUGGACUUGUGAUUGUAGUUUUUUGAACAAACUGAGAAUUUAUUUGCAAUCAAAUACGGAGAAGAUAAUCGAUGCCAAUGAAAUCAGUUGUGUGUACAAUAAUUUGACGAGUAUUCUGAAGGAGAAGAAUGGCACCAAGUGUACGUUCCGGGGGGAAGGCAUGAGUUCGAUUGUUCAUACGCAGGAAAUUGAAGACAUGCUGCCGCUGCUUUUGGUGGCUACUUGUGCGUUCGUCGGAUUCUUUGGGCUGAUCUUCGGAAUGUUCUGCUACCGAAAGGAACUGAAGGUUUGGGCUCACAGCAGCUGCUUUGGAUCGUUGUGCUACAAGUCCGGGACAUUCGUCAACGAGUAUGACAAAGACCGUUUGUAUGAUGCGUACAUAAUCAAUUCGCUGCAAGAUGAGCACUUUGUGAACCAGGUUCUAGCUUCGACUCUGGAAAACGACAUCGGAUUUCGGCUGUGCUUACACUACCGAGAUUUCAACAUCAACACCUACAUCGCCGAUACCAUCGUGGAAGCGGUCGAAAGUUCAAAGCGUGCCAUUUUAGUGCUCUCGAAGAACUUCCUCUAUAACGAGUGGUCCCGAUUUGAGUUCAAAGGAGCCAUCCACGAAGUGCUUAAGAGGCGCCGAAAGCUGAUUAUCAUCCUAUACGGAGACCUUCCGCAACGUGAUCUGGACGCCGAUAUGAGGCUGUACCUUCGUACAAACACCUGCAUCGAGUGGGAUGACAAGAAGUUUUGGCAGAAGCUCAGAAUUGCGCUUCCUCACGUAAAAAAGAGCAACUGUUUGAACAAGAGGUCGGCGAUCAACAUCUACGCUACGGCCAACGAGUACAACACCGCCACAACUGGGCGGGGAGGUGGACUGGCUGCGGCACCGGGCUUAGGGCGUGGUGGUACGCUUCCGGCUCCAGGACAUGGGCGGCUGGAGAGCCACAGCUAUGCCACCAUCGGAGGCAACUGCCCGAGAAACUGUGAUAAUUAUGAUACCGUUAGUAAUUGUAAAUAUAACACAACGCAACACGAAAGGCGGCUGAACGACUUCAGUCGAAAAGUGACAGCUGAGAGGCAACACGAGUACGCGGUUCCUUCCAACUGUCUGCUGGACACAACGCACGAGACGUACAACACCAGCUGCGAGAGGAUCGCGGGGGAAACGUUCGAAUGCACCUCCAGCAGCAAGUACUCGACGUCGUCGCGGGGUUCGAGCGAGUGUUCGCACUCGAUCGCAUCCAACCACGGAGGACCGCCGCCGCCAAUCCCGAACGGUGGACCUCCGAACAUUUUGUCUACGGCCUUCAUGGGCAAGGCGGACACCGUCGGCGGUUUCCACAGCAAUUCCAGUGCUUCGAACAACUUGAACGGCAAUAGCAGCAGUAGUUUCAACAACAGCAGUAGAAAGCCGAUCAACGGAGGCGCGGCCAGCAGCGGUAGCGGCAACGGCAAGGGUGAUAAGUCCAACACGAUUGGACACGAACAGAAGAACAAUUUCAAUGAUAGAAGACUGCCACAGGCCAUGUGGGCAUAACGAUUACUUAAAUACAGGUUAGUUAAUUAUUUUUAUCGUUGAAGCAGGAGAAAAGUACUCUCAAGCACUAAAGAAAAAUCCGCACUGUAAACAGUCAACUCACAGAUUGUAGUUACGCCAUGACAUUAUCUGCAAAAUACUAGAAAUCACUCAGUCCUAACUCACUUGUACACCAAAUACACUAAGACAUAAAUGCUCUCACUAAUAGAAGGUCCGUUUCAGUGGUAAUUUUACGUAGAAUUUGGCUCUCUUGAAUCAAUUUUGUUCGUUUUGGGUAUGUGUUGAAGUAAAACUUUGAGAUUUUCUCAAAAAAUCAUAUUAGAAUAGUUUUGGCUAUGGCAAGUUUUCAAACUACUUUUAACUUGAUUUGAAUUGUGUUUCUGAUGCACAAACUUUGAAAGGCCCCCUAGGAACAAACUAAAUCAUAAAAUUCUGCCCUACUUCUUCCAACAAGAGUCUCAUCCACACUCCAACCGGAGAAGGAACAGAGACAUAAAAAUACAACAUAAAUGAACUUCUAACCUAUACGCCCCUGCUUCGUCCCAUGCUUCCCUCAUUCAGGCUUGAACAUAGUUUUAUUGCCACGGAUGCGUUCUUCCUAAAACCGUAAGACGCACAGUGAAAUAUGACAUUCCCUCUGGAAGAACGGUUCCGAGCUGCGUUCUCAACCAUUAACAAAACGUUGAAAUUCUAGUCACAAAGGAAAAUUUCCCACUCACGUUUAGCAUUUCUGGCCGAUGUUCCUCACACUCACUCCGGCAAAAGUCACAGAAAUAACGAAAGACCCAACGAAGAGAAACUAAUUCUAAUCUCUUCAGAAUCAAUCUUCCAUUACGGUUGAUGAUUGAAAGCGUUUUUCAGUUUUUUCUUAUAUUUUGCUUCUCGUUCUUUUAUAAUUCCUUUUGUUCUGAUCAAACUCUGAAAAGAUAUCCAGGGAGCCAGCGAGGGAAUAAAGAUUUAAUCUGAUUCUUCACGCCUGAGUUCUAGAAGAACGCCAAAUCCGGACGCUGGACCACCCUAUUGCCUAUGCACUGGAGCUCGCUAAUAGAUUUAACCAUGCUUAAAAUACGAACCGUUUUUUCUCUUCUUUGUUGGUUUCCAAAACAUAAGAAACGAAAUGCUGGAAAUUUGUUUUAAUUCACAAAACGAAAAAUACGGGCGGGAAAAAUGCGAUUAAUGAGAGAAGCAAUUUGCCUUUUCCUGUCUAUCGAAGUUCUCCAGUCGAACACUGCACUUCGAUUGAUAAUACCAAGUUAAGGUGAAAUGGUUCAGAGCCAAUUUAUUUCAGGUGUACAAAACUGCUGUCACUGAAUGUCUAGCAAUGCAAUUACCAUUGUAUGAGAAUAAAAAAUUGGUUGAUUUCCAAAAGCUAUUGUUGCCUCCAUGUUCAGCAUUCGAGUUGAUUGCCCUUAAGAAUGGAAACGGACGUGCGUACUUCGCUGCAUGAGUGACGACUUGGUAUGCGGGUAGAAGUCGAAACAAAACACAAAAAUUAGACGCAGCGAGAAUGUUAAGUGAUUUCGUAUGGAAAUUUAAUUGAAAACCAUCCGCUCGAUCGACGCAACGCUCUGGCGAGUGAAGUGAAUUAACGUUGAAACAAAUUUCGUUCCGCUCGCAGAGCAAUCGAAUCGGAAAAGAGUUUAAAUUCAACACACCCCGAAAAGAAUUAAUGGAUUCAAGAGAGCUGCAACUAUUGCCAGUUAGAAACCAUGUUAGCAGUUAAUCAAAACAAGCAACUCGAGCCAUAAAUUAGUGCUACCACACUCUCCGGAACUGAAAUGAUUUACAUUUUUUCUCUGAUCCCCAAUCCCCCGGUGGUUCAGGUGGAGCAGUCACGAAUCUCGUUAACCGAAACAAAUUAGCGCUGAUGAUUAUCCACAGUCUUGAACAAAUCGCCCACCUUGUAUGAUUUCAUCCGGACUUUUCGAAUCUGUGCAGUUCUGAAAUGUUGCAGUUGCCAUGUUUGACACAAACAUAAACAAACGAGUUCCUCCAUAUUGGUGGAUGGUUAGGUUUCCUAUUAAGAGAAUUAUAUGGAAUAUGCUGAAAAGAACAAAUUCAAAACCAGUAUAAAGCUAUUUUGUUGUGUUGUUUUUAUUACCUCAUCGAAAAAAAAACUCAAAUUAGCGCGGAAUAGAAGAGUUGCAAACGGAAGCUACCAGUUGAAGAUACUAGUAUUUAAGUAACAGAGUCUUGUAUGUAAAUAUAGAAAUUUUUAAAAUUCUAGCAAUUAUCAAAUUAUGUACAUAUUCCAGAAACCAACCGAACUACGACUUACAAAAACAAAACAGAAGAAAAUGUUAGCAAACACACAAAACAAAAAAAACCUUUGCAUAACAAAUCUAUCCAUGACAAAGAUACAAACUAAGAUGCAAACUAACUAAGAAAUACGAACAAAAUAACUCGCUCUUUUCGAUUUAGUUUAAAAUGUAAGAUUAUAAAUUAUAAAAAAGCGACGGAUUCUGACCCUCGUAAAUUGUUGAAUAGUCACUCACACACAGUCUCACACAUGCAUUUACAUUAAAAUCCGCUGUACAUAUAGGUGAGCAAUAGGGAAAAAAAACAAUUAUGAAGCAAAGACCUCGAAGCAAAACCAGCAAACCAGCAGGAGGGCGAUUGCAUUGGUGAAGUUGAUAAGGGCCGAAGAGAAUUGUAACUAUAGUAGUCGCUAAGUCAUUACCACAAAGUCAGACGCUCGCCACAUCCUACUAGCACUAUGCGAUACACAAACAGAAAGAAAAAAAGCAAACAAACCAGUAAGCAAAGAACUAGAGAGGGGAAACUGUGAGCAAAUACGAGAAAAUUUUAAAAUACUAUAUGAGAGAAGCACGCGAGUACAGAAAAGAAAAUGAACAAAUUACGAAAAAUAAAAACUAUAAUUUAUUUAUGAAAAAUUAAA